AUGAGGCUAUUUAUAUUUUUUCUCGAUAGGGGCGUCGCACCGUGGUGCAAGGUUGCGUCGUGUCGUGGUGGUGUGUUUCAUUCAUGGUGGUGUCACAUGUCGUCGAUUAUGGUAAGGGAAAAGCAGCUUCGGACCCGAAAACCAAGGACGAAAGGAACCAAAUCGCACACAAGGAUUUGCUGUUAUAUGGCUAAGAGAGAAUUUGGAAGUGACGUUUCUGAGGAUCUGACAAGGGAGUCAUUAAUCGCUCUAUCUUAUACUCUACCAGAUACAAAUCUUUCUUCAACAGACGUCACCAAAAGCUCAAAGAGCGUGAAGAAUGUUGCAGAAGCUGUAAUUUCUGAUGAUAGAGAGAAAUUUAGAGCUGACUUGAUCUCUAUAUCGUAUGCAGAGUCACCUGACACCAAGGAUUUACCGGUUUCGACUGAGAAAAACAAGGGUUAGAUAGUUUUCCCAUUUAUGUGAUUUGUGUGGGGAUCAUGAUGAACUUUUGGUUACAGCAAAAUAAAUCAGAUGUUUUUUUGUGACUAUUGCAAGUUGAUUUGUGUUUUCUGAAAUGUAAAUCCAUAUUGUUUGUAUUUUCUUGUUUUCUACCUUUCUUUUUGUUGUUGUGCCACGUAUUUAGCUACGUUUUUGUAGGAUGGUUAUGUGGACAGACACCGUAUCCCUCUCUCUUUUGGUUGGGGGGUUGUAACAGAUUUUGAUAACAAAAUUAAAAUAUUUAUAUUAAAGAAAAA